AGAUGGAUUUUGGAGCCCACUGACAAAGCCUUCGCACAAGGAUCAGAUGCGAAAGUUGAAUGUAAGGCUGACGGUUUUCCAAAACCACAAGUGACAUGGAAGAAAGCAGUUGGUGAUAGCCCUGGAGAAUAUAAAGAUCUUAAGAAAAACGAUAAUAUACGUGUUGAAGAAGGCACUUUACACAUCGAUAAUAUACAAAAAACUAAUGAAGGUUACUAUUUAUGUGAAGCUAUCAAUGGUAUUGGAUCUGGUCUAUCAGCUGUUAUUAUGAUCAGUGUACAAGCACCACCAGAAUUUACUGAAAAACUGCGUAAUCAAACUGCACGCCGCGGCGAACCUGCUGUCUUGCAAUGUGAAGCUAAAGGCGAAAAACCUAUUGGCAUUUUAUGGAAUAUGAAUAAUAUGCGCUUGGACCCCAAGAACGAUAACCGUUAUACUAUACGCGAGGAAAUUCUUUCAACCGGUGUUAUGUCAAGUCUUUCAAUCAAACGCACUGAGCGUUCCGAUUCUGCUAUGUUUACUUGUGUUGCUACGAAUGCUUUCGGUUCCGACGAUGCUAACAUUAAUAUGAUUAUACAAGAAGUACCCGAAAUGCCAUAUGCCUUGAAAGUUUUAGAUAAAUCUGGACGAUCGGUACAAUUAAGCUGGGCACAACCCUAUGAUGGUAAUUCCCCACUGAUCCGUUAUAUCAUCGAAUUUAAACGCUCUCGUGCAUCUUGGGAUGAGAUCGAUCGUGUUAUGGUACCCGGACACACAACUGAAGCACAAGUACAAAAACUCAGUCCAGCUACCACAUAUAAUAUUCGAAUUGUCGCCGAAAAUGCAAUUGGUUCAUCUCAAUCAUCCGAAGCUGUAACAAUCAUCACUGCCGAAGAAGCACCUUCUGGAAAACCACAAAAUAUUAAAGUUGAACCAGUCAAUCAGACUACACUGCGUGUAACUUGGAAACCACCAGCGCGUACAGAAUGGAAUGGUGAAAUUUUGGGAUACUACGUGGGUUAUAAACUAUCAAAUACUAAUUCAUCUUUUGUUUUCGAAACUGUUAAUUUCUUAACUGAAGAGGGCAAAGAACAUAAUUUGGAACUCAGUAAUUUACGCGUUUAUACACAGUACUCGGUCGUUAUACAGGCGUUUAACAAAAUUGGUGCUGGUCCAAUGAGUGAUGAAGAGAAACAAUUUACUGCUGAAGGCACACCCAGUCAACCACCUAGCGACACUGCUUGCACAACUCUAACUUCACAGACAAUACGCGUUAGUUGGGUUAGUCCACCAUUGGAAUCUGCAAAUGGUGUUAUCAAGACAUACAAAGUUGUAUAUGCCCCCAGCGACGAGUGGUAUGAUGAAACCAAACGCCACUACAAAAAGACUGCUUCCUCUGAUACCGUUUUACAUGGAUUAAAGAAAUACACCAACUAUACAAUGCAAGUUUUAGCUACAACUGCUGGCGGAGAUGGUGUACGUAGCGCACCCAUACACUGCCAAACCGAACCUGAUGUACCUGAGGCCCCCACCGAUGUUAAAGCACUAGUAAUGGGUCAUGCUGCUAUUUUAGUUUCAUGGCGUCCACCAGCACAACCCAAUGGAAUUAUACAGCAAUAUACAGUCUAUUCGAAAGUUGAAGGAGCCGAUGGAGAAGCUAAGAGUCAAAAAAUACCACAUUAUCAAAUGAGUUUCGAAGCUACUGAACUAGAGAAGAAUAAACCUUAUGAAUUCUGGGUUACCGCUAGUACCAAUAUUGGCGAAGGUCAACCUUCAAAAAGUAUUGUUGCUAUGCCAAGUGAUCAAGUUCCAGCCAAGAUUGCCUCAUUCGAUGACACAUUCACAGCUACUUUUAAGGAAGAUGCAAAAAUGCCUUGUUUGGCUGUAGGUUCACCACAACCUGACAUCACAUGGAAAAUUAAGGGCAUCGAAUUCAGUGGCAACGAUCGUAUGCGCAUUUUAAAUGAUGGUUCGCUGUUGAUAAAAUCUGUUAAUCGUCAAGAUGCUGGUGAUUACAGUUGUCAUGCUGAAAACUCGAUCGCUAAGGACUCCAUAACACAUAAGUUGAUUGUUUUGGCGCCACCACAGUCGCCUCAAGUUAGUCUCUCAGCCACAACAACUGAUUCGUUGACUGUUAAAUUGAAACCACACGAAGGUGAUACUGCUCCACUUCAUGGAUAUACUCUGCACUAUAAACCAGAAUUCGGAGAAUGGGAAACUGCGGAGGUUUCUGUUGAUGCACAAAAGUUCUCUAUUGAUAGUCUACUGUGUGGGUCACGUUAUCAGGUGUAUGCAACUGGUUUCAAUAAUAUUGGUGCUGGUGAAGCUUCUGAUAUUUUAAAUACUCGAACAAAAGGAUACAAGCCAAAAUUACCAGAAAAAUCACGCUUCAUUGAAGUUUCCUCUAACUCGGUUUCAUUGCACUUUAAAGCAUGGAAAGAUGGUGGCUGCCCAAUGUCGCACUUCGUGGUAGAAAACAAAAAACGUGACCAAAUUGAAUGGAAUCAAAUAUCAAAUAAUGUUAAGCCUGAUAACAAUUAUGUUGUCUUGGACUUGGAACCUGCAACCUGGUAUAAUCUACGCAUCACAGCGCAUAACUCAGCUGGUUUCACCGUUGCUGAGUAUGAUUUUGCUACAUUAACUGUAACUGGAGGCACAAUUGCACCUUCGCGUGACUUACCCGAAUUAACUGCCGAGGAUACCAUCCGCAUCAUACUUUCGAACUUAAAUUUAGUUGUGCCGGUGGUAGCUGCUCUACUUGUUAUAAUCAUAGCAAUAAUUGUUAUUUGUAUUCUACGUAGCAAAGGCAAUCAUCACAAAGGUAUAAAACAGUUUUAUUAACAUAUUCUUUUCUUUUUCUCUUUUUUUCUCGCUCUCUCUCUUACUAUUCGAUUACCCGCUUAAAUUACUUACUAUCCAUUAUGAUUUCGAAAUGAUCCUGUAUUAUGUUCAAAAAUAACGUUAUGCAUCAUUAAACGGUUUUAAUGUU